GCCCCACUGCCACUGGCUCUCCACUUGUUGCUUUGCAACUCGGUGACUAACCAAGACGUCUUUUUGUUCCCCCCACAAAGCUCUUUUUGGAUCAUUUCCUAGAAGAGCCCAAUUUUAAACACAUCUACUUUAUAGGAAGCGACGGAAAGGCAGCAUGUCAGCUGAAGCACCAGUCACACUGAAUAUUGACCCCCAGGAUCUGCAGGUCCAAACAUUCACUGUAGAGAAGCUACUGGAGCCUCUUAUAAUCCAGGUGACCACACUUGUAAAUUGUCCCCAGAAUCCUUCUAACAGGAAGAAAGGAUGUUCCAAAAGAGCCAGAGUUCUUCUAGCGUCUGUGGAGGAAGCGAUAUACAAUUGCCUUGAAAAAGAAAAGAUUGCAUUUGAUAUCUUAGGGAUUAGGGAACAACUCUUAAGUUCUUAAGCAAUUGAGUGUUGUUAUGAAUAUAGCGAAGCUCUGAAAGUAUCAGCGGAGAGAUUUGCAGAUGACCCCUGCUACCUCCCCAAAAGGGAGGCUGUGGUUCACGCUGCCCGUGCCCUGCUGGCUGCCGUUACCAGACUCCUCAUCCUGGCAGACAUGAUUGAUGUCAUGUGUCUGCUGCAGCACGUGUCAGCUUUUCAAAGGACAUUUGAAUCUCUUAAAAAUGUUUCCAACAAAUCUGACCUCCAGGAAACCUAUCAGAAGCUUGGGAAGGAGCUGGAAAAUUUGGAUUAUUUAGCCUUCAAACGUCAGCAGGACUUAAAGUCUCCAAAUCAGAGGGAUGAAAUAGCCGGCGCCCGGGCCUCCUUGAAGGAGAACUCCCCGCUCUUGCAUUCGAUUUGUUCAGCUUGUUUGGAACAUUCGGAUGUUGCUUCCCUCAAAGCCAGCAAGGACACCGUUUGCGAAGAAAUUCAGAAUGCGCUCAACGUAAUAUCGAAUGCUUCCCAAGGCAUCCAGAAUGUGCUGCCCGCUCUGGAACCUCAGGCAGCAACCCUGGGGAGUGCCCUUGAUGAGCUCGAGAAUUUAAUUGUCUUGGAUCCGCUGACAGUGACUGAGGAGGAAAUCAGACCAUCCCUAGAGCAACGCCUGGAAGCCAUCAUCAGCGGGGCUGCUCUGUUGGCCGACUCUUCCUGCACCAGGGAUUUCCAUCGGGAGCGGAUCAUCGCAGAGUGCAACGCCAUUCGCCAGGCUCUGCAGGACCUGCUUUCCGAGUACAUGAACAACACCGGAAAAAAGGAAAGGAGUAAUACCCUGAAUAUUGCAAUAGACAACAUGUGCAAGAAGACAAGAGACCUUCGAAGACAGCUCCGUAAGGCUAUUAUAGAUCAUGUGUCAGACUCCUUUCUGGAUACGACAGUCCCACUUUUGGUUCUCAUCGAAGCUGCCAAGAAUGGUCGAGAAAAGGAAAUAAAAGAAUAUGCUGCGAUAUUUCGUGAACACACCAACAGGCUUGUAGAAGUGGCAAAUCUUGCUUGUUCCAUGUCAACAAAUGAAGAUGGAAUUAAAAUUGUCAAAAUUGCAGCCAACCACUUGGAAACUUUGUGUCCACAGGUUAUUAAUGCUGCACUUGCUUUGGCUGCAAGACCCAAAAGUCAAGUGGUCAAAAAAACCAUGGAAAUGUACAAGUGCACGUGGGAGAAUCACAUCCAUGUCCUCACAGAAGCUGUAGAUGACAUCACAAGCAUUGAUGACUUCCUUGCUGUAUCUGAGAGCCACAUCUUAGAAGAUAUCAACAAAUGUAUCAUAGCCCUGAGAGACCAGGAUGCUGAUAAUUUAGACCGAGCUGCCGGUGCCAUCAGAGGACGGGCAGCAAGAGUGGCUCACAUCGUCACGGGGGAAAUGGACAGUUACGAGCCAGGCGCUUACACUGAAGGUGUGAUGAGAAACGUUAACUUCCUUACAAGUACUGCAAUUCCCGAGUUUGUGACACAAGUGAAUGUCGCCUUGGAAGCCCUAAAUAAGAACUCUUUGGAUGUGUUUGAUGACAAUCAAUUUGUGGACAUCUCAAAGAAGAUCUAUGAUACAAUUCAUGAUAUCAGAUGUUCAGUCAUGAUGAUUCGGACCCCCGAGGAACUAGAGGAUGUUUCUGACCUGGAAGAGGAUCAUGAGGUCCGCAGCCACACCAGCCUUCAGACCGAAGGAAAAACAGACCGG